AUGUCCCAACCCCCGGACACCACCUCAGCUCCCACCACGGCCGAACCCCCUCCCCCCCUCGCCCCGGCUCGCACCAGCACCUCACCCCACCUUCCCCACCGCCCCUGCCCCAAAGGCAACACGCACGCCAGCCGCGGGCAAGGCUACAUCUCCAAACACUACGCGCUCCCCAUGCGGCGGCUGACACCGGGCAACCACGUCCUUGUGCAUUCGACGAAGCACCAGCGCUCCCAGCUGUGUGUGUUCUGCCGGUACAUCCGUCUGCACAAGGAGCGGCAUGCAGAGCUGUUUGAGAGGUGGAAGAUCUCGCAUCCGAGGGGGAGGGUGCAGAGGACGUCGUUUGAGUGUAAGUUUUGCGGGGAGAGUCUGUGUAAGGAGUUUUGUUUUCGGGAGUUUCAUGUGGAGUAUUGA